AUGCUGGAAUGCGUUGGCGUCACGAAGCAAUUUGGCGAUGCGGUUGCUCUGAGCGGUUUUCCCACAUUCAACACAUCACAAAACAACAACCUGCAGAUUUCUUUUCCCAGCGGUUGCGGGAAGACUACAGCCCUCAGGUUGAUUGCCGGAUUUUCUCAUCCGGAUGCCGGUUCCAUCCGCAUCGCCGGUGAGUCGGUACAUGAAGACAGGCGGAGCGUACCCCCGGAAAAGCGCCGGGUUGGCAUGGUAUUCCAAGAAGGCGCUCUCUUUCCCCAUCUGACCGUCGAGCAGAACAUCGCUUACGGACUGUCCAAGGAAGACAAUCGAGCGGAAAGAAUUGACGAGGUCGUCCGAAUGACCGGGCUGGAGGGCCUGACCCAGCGCAUGCCCUACGAACUCUCCGGCGGUCAGCAGCAGCGUGUGGCCCUGGCGCGGGCCCUUGCUCCACGCCCUGAAUUGCUCUUGCUGGACGAACCCUUUUCCAACCUGGAUCCGGGCCUGAGGGAACAGGUGCGCCGCGACGUGAUGGGCAUUCUGCGCGGCAGUGGCAUCACCGCCGUAUUUGUGACCCACGACCAGGAAGAAGCCAUGUACGUGGGCGAUACCAUCGCCGUAAUGAACCGGGGCAAGAUCGAACAGCAGGGUACACCCCACGACAUUUUCCACCAGCCGCAAAGCAAGUUCGUAGCAGAAUUUAUCGGCAUGGUGGACUUUGUGCCGGCCCAAUGGGAAGACGCCCAGUUUGUUACUGCUAUAGGAAGCACCGGAUGGCCCACGCCUCCCUCUGCCGAGGGUAUCUUGGAAGCGAUGGUGCGUCCGGACUGCGUGGAGUGCUAUCCCUCGGAAGAUGGCAACGGUGUGGUGGCAGACCGGGAAUUUCGGGGCGCUUUCUUCCUGUACCGGAUUGUCCUUAAUAGCGGCGGAUCCGUCCGCUGCCUCUUGUCCCAUGCUGACGAAUACGAAUUGGGGGAAAGGGUUGCCGUCCACGUCCGGUGCGGCCAUUCUCUCAAGCCGUUUGUGGAUGGAGUGGCCCUGGCAGGCUAG